UGUCGUGCAUUAAUAUUCAAUCGUUUUACUGAUUUGCAGUAUACAUAUGACACAUUGACCCCAAAAUAUAAAACAAAGUGAAAAGUUGAAAACAAAAACGUUUCGACUAAAUUUUCAUGAACUGGAAGUAGGGAUUAUUACGUUACGUUUCAGACAAGUGAAUCUCAGCCGAAGUUGAUAAACAUGCCGUUCUGUACCUUGAACGGAGGUACAUUGAUAGUCUAGUCGCUUGAAAGGGACAUUUUUAAGCAUUCUGUUUGCAUAUUAUGAACCAGGCAAAAAGACGGAUAAAGCCAACUUUAGAAAGCAACUAAUGCCCAGUGGGAAAAUGGCGACCAACGGAGAAGAGCCUGAUCAAGAAAUUUCAAGUGACAUGAUAGGAGAAUGUAUAGUCAUUAAAUCGUGUGAACCAUGUACAAGGAAACACACGCUCAGCAAUGCAACAGUAUUUUGCAAAACCUGCAACGAGCAUCUUUGCGAUCCUUGCAAAAAUAUUCAUAUAAUUUAUAAAUCGGGCACACAUGAUACGGUUGCUGUUGAGGAUCUGGAUAUGGCAUCAGUUGUUGUAACGAUGAAAGGUAUGGACACAUGUCGUGACCAUGAUAAAAAGAUCAAGUUUUUCUGUGAAGACCACUCCAAGCUAUGUUGCAAUAAAUGUGCGUUCAUACACAGAAAAUGCGACAACGUCAAUGAACUAGCCAGUCUAUCAAGCCAAGAAGGACUAGAGCUGCAAGAAUUAAACAAAACGCUUCUCAAACUGACCACCGAGAAUUUCUCCAUUAAAACAGAAACCGAAAAAGCAUUAAAUGAGACCACUGCAAACCUUCCGAAGCAGGUUGAUGACAUGAAAGAUCGUAUUAUUGACAUACUUGAUAAAUCCCAGAAAAAGAUAAUGGUGGAUGCAGAUACAUUCAGAGCGGAAGAGAUGAAGCGAAUAGGCGAAAGAACUGAAGCUUUUUCGAGAAUUAAUACAAACAUCAAUGAACUGAUACCGUUUACUUCUGCUGUUGUCAAACUUGGAACACCCCAACAAAAGUAUAUCGCCACCAAAGUUAUCAAUGAGACAAUUAAAGAUAUGCAAACCCAUAUAACUGAGCAUCGAAGCAAACAUAUCACUUCGAAUGUUUCCGUUGACUUUUCAAAGCAGUUAUUAUUCCUCCUUAAAGGGGAAGAAAGCAUCGUAAAACUGAAAGUAAAGCGACACUUUACGCAUACAGAUGUUGUUCAAUCAAGUACGACAAACAUGCAAGAAUCGUCUGAAGUUAGUAAUGAAACAACCGUUUUAAAUAAAGAUGUUGUGCAAUCAAGUCCGACACACGUGCAAGAAUCGUCUGAAAUUAGUAAUGAAACAACCGUUUUAAAUAAAGAUGCUGUGCAAUCAAGCCCGACAAACAUACAAGAAUCGUCUGAAGUUAGUAAGGAAACAACCGUAAUAAACAAAGAUGUUGAGCAAUCAAGUCGGACAAACACCGACUUGAACCAAGAAUCGUCUGAGGUUACUAAGAAAACAACCGUUAUAAAUAAAGGUAAUUCAAAUGAUGACGCUCAGUCAGCUCGUAUUAAACCAGUCACCAUGGAGCUGCUCGUGUCCGUGGAACUUAAACAGACUGGAGUUGAUACGGAGCCUUUCCUUUCUGGGAUUGACUUCCUGCCUGAUGGGAGACUGGUAGCCGUGGAUAACAAGAAUCGAAAAUGUAUCAUAAUGAAUGACAUGCUGCAGAUACAAGGAACUCCGUACGCGCUUCAAUACAUAUCCCUAUGACGUUGUAUGUUUAUCGCAAUGUGAGCUGGCAGUAACGAUGAGUGGUAAGACAGUAUGUCUCCUGUACGUUAGUCCCAACAAUGUCAUCCGUCUGACCAAGAAAAUUAACACAUCCACCAAAGUCUUCUCCAUAUGCUGCAUGACCCCAUCAAACAUGGUCGUGAGUACAUAUGGUGAGUAUGGGCAUCCACUGAGAAUGAUAACACAGGCCGGUGUGGAGUCGGACUUAAAUCACUGUAAGUUUCCUAAGAAGUGGUACGGAUAUGAAGAGAGCAGAUGCACUUACGUACCUUCAAAGAAUACCUUGGUGCUUACUGACAAAAUUGCUCACACUGUGUACAUGUACGACAUCGUGAAGGGCACGACUAUAGCUGUCACAAAUGAGAACAUAGAGUAUCCACGUGGCGCAUGCCGAGGGCCUGGGGAUACGGUGCUUGUAUGCAUUGGUGCUAUGAACUCCAUUUUACAUCUGACUGCUGAUGGAGACAUACUCGACACAUACCAAGUUGAUAUGACGUUGCCGUUUUCCCUGUGUAUGGCUCAAGAUGGGAGCAAAUUGGCAGUAUCAAGUGGUAAUGGACAUAAAAAAUUGAUGGUGUACAAACUAUCAUAAAUAUGAUAUAAUCAAUAGCAAUGUAUUAUGUAUAUAUUGCAUAAGUUACAUUCAUUAAUGUAUUGUAUGUCUUUUGUAAAGAACUAUCUCGGUUUUGCUACAUAAAUAAUGCAUCUUCUCAAACCAUUGGGGUUUUAUAAAACAGUGCAAUUGAAAGUAAUGCGCAUGAUUGUAGAAGAAAAAUCGUACCUCUGUUGAUGUAUAACCUUAAGUUUAUAUUUGCUUAGUCACUAUUUGUAGUUUAUCUUUUUUUAUUUAUACACCAUUUGACAUAUGAAUCUUAUCAUGACAGUCCACAUUACAAUUAAAUGUUCUUAUAUUCA